AUGUCGACGAAAGAAGCGCAGAAGAUCAAGAAAGAGUCUACGGGCUCAAACGGCUCCGCCUCGCUGGGAAUGACGACGCCGACGGCUGCGGGACUCACUUCGAACCUCGACCUGGCCGAUCCGUCGUCCGUCUGGGGCAUGAAAAGCACGCAGCCGAUGCUGAUGGCCACGCCGACCGCCUACUCAUUCCCCACCUCGAACUACUUCUUCACGGGCGGCCCCACGUAGGCUGGUCGAACAGGCGCCUGAAAUAAUGCAAAUCUGAGCAAUUUGAAACUGAAAGCUGUUCAGAACUGCCGAUCUCAUCGUGUCAGUUGAUUUACAAGUGUUGUGCCUGUCCGAUUCGAGGUUCGCAUUUCACGAAGGAAUCCUUCCCACUGCCACCUCGGAUGUGAUUGAGAAGCUUUUCAUAGAUAUUUACACAAGUUUGUAAGUCUUGAACAAAUUGGUUCUGAUAACGGAUAUUCAGUUUCUGCUCAAUUGGCUGA